AUCAUUAUCAUUAUCAUUUUCUUAUUCUUAUUCUUAUUUAUUUCAUUUUAAUUUUAACUUUAAUUUUAAUUUUGUGAGGUUAUUUCUUUAUUCUAAUUGGCCCCAUAACAUCGCGGUCUAAUCUUGUCAGGAUUUUUUAAUUACUUUGCUUUCAAAACCGAUUCAAAUUCAACCUAAUUAAAUAGGAAUCUGUGGAUUAUCGAAUCAGAAAAUUCGGUGUGAAUUAAUUGGAUAUGAAACUGUUCCUUUUGGGGGUGAUUGUGUGACAGUGUUGCGGAGGAGAGGCUAUUGUGGCGGCAUGGGGAGUAGGGUUAAGCAGGGGAAAGGAUUGCAGAAGAUGAUGAAGUGUCUGUGCCUGAGGGAGCCAUUGAAAGGAGAAGAUAAAAAGGUUCCUUCCGCGGAAUCUCUUGCAAUCAAGGAAUUUUAUUCUCCAACGGCAGGCCGUUCUGGUAUCGGUAGAGAAAUUGAGACGGGGUCGGCUUCCGGCAACAUAGGAGAAGUCGAAUUGUUCAUGCGUGAGAGUGGCAUCUUGGACAAUGAGGAAGCUAGAGCUUUGUUAGCGAAAGAUGAAUAUCAGGACGGGAAUAUAGAAGCUGCUUUACGUAUUUAUGAGAGAAUAAACAUUGGUGCUGUGACUCACAAGAUCAGAAUUUUCCUAGCCAAAAGCAGAGAACGCCGUAAGAAACAGUCUCAUUAUUAUGCUACUCCUCCAAUGUCCAUAUACACGGCUGGAUUAAUGUUGGAAGCAGUUUUCCUGAAAGCAAAAUGUUUGCAGCAUCUAGGGAGGUUUGAAGAAGCUGCCCAAACUUGUAAAGUUAUUCUGGACAUCGUUGAGUCUUCAUCAAAUGAAGGCUUGCCUCAAAAUUUUGGCGGAGAGUGUAAAUUUCAGGAGACUUUGAGAAAGGCAGUUGAGCUACUUCCUGAAUUUUGGAAGCUUACCGAGUCUCCACGUGAAGUUAUCUUGUCUUACCGUCGUGCAAUUCUUCACCAGUGGAAUCUUGAUGCAAAAACCAUAGCAAAGAUUCAAAAAGAAUUUGUUAUUUUUCUUCUAUAUAGUGGAGGGGAAGCAAUCCCCUCAAAUCUUCGUUCUCAUAUGGACAGCUCGUUUGUACCCAAAAGCAACUUAGAAGAGGCUAUACUUCUUUUAAUGAUUUUGCUAAGAAAAAUAUCUCUAAAUAAAAUUGAGUGGGAUCCGUCAAUUUUGGAUCACCUUUCAUUUGCUCUAUCUGUUUCAGGAGAUUUGUCAACUUUAGCCAAUCAAUGGGAAGAAUUACUCCCUGGAACUAUCAAUCGAAGAGAAAGGUACCAUGCCCUUGCUCUUUGUUAUUAUGGCGCAGGUAAUGACUUGGUAGCACUGAAUCUUCUUAGGAAAUUGUUGAGUAGUAGUGAGGACCCAAAACAUGUUUCUGCUUUGUUAAUGGCUUCCAAGAUUUGUUGUGAGCACCCUGAUCUUGCAAAAGAUGGGUCAAGCCUAGCCCGCAAAGUGCUUGAUUACUUGGACGGAAAAUGUGAUCAGUUGGAAAGUCUUGCCAGUUUCUUACUCGGUGUUUCACUGUCAGCACACUCAAAAUUUGCUAUUUCUGAUUCUGAGAGGUUUGAGAGUCAAUCUGAGGCACUUCAUUCCCUGGAAACUGCGAGUAAAGUGACCCGAAUGAGUAACCCCCUUGUAAUAUACUAUUUGAGUUUAGAAUGUGCAGAGCAAAGGAAGUUGGAUGAUGCACUUCAUUAUGCAAAAUGCUUUCUAGACUUGGAAGGUGGGUCUAAUGUUCAAGGGUGGUUAUUGUUAGCCCGGAUAUUAUCGGCUCAAAAACAGUUUUUGGAUGCUGAAUCUAUUGUCAAUGAUGCUUUGGAUCAGACUGGAAUAUGGGAUCAAGGAGAGUUAUUGCGAACAAAAGCUAAACUGCAAAUUGCACAAGGCCAGUUGAAGAGUGCCAUUGAAACAUACACUCAGCUUCUUGCUAUUCUCCUGGUUCAGAGAAAGUCUUUUGGUUCAAGGAAGAAGCUGUAUAAGGACUACAUAGAUCAUGCUAGGAACAUGGAAGUGGAAAUAUGGCAUGAUCUUGCUUAUGUAUACAUAAGUCUGUCACGGUGGCAUGAUGCAGAGGUGUGUCUUUCGAAAUCUAAGGCCAUCAAACUAUACUCUGCUUCUAGAUGUCAUGCUAUAGGUACAAUGUACGAAACAAAGGGCCUUUACAAAGAGGCUUUAAAAGUUCUUCGUGAUGCUUUGAGCAUUGAUCCCGACCAUGUCCCCAGCUUGAUCUCUACUGCAGUGGUUCUUAGAAUGUGCAGUGAUCGAUCAAAUCCUGCUAUCAGGAGCUUUCUGAUGGAUGCACUACGGCAUGACAGAUUUAACGUUUCUGCUUGGUAUAAUCUUGGCAUUCUUCACAAGGAUGAGGGUUCAAUGCGAGAAGCUGCAGAAUGUUUUGAGACAGCAAACUUUCUUGAAGAAUCGGCUCCAGUUGAACCUUUCAGAUAACCGACUACUCUGCGCAUUUUUUAUUCAAUCUCACGCCCUUUGAUGUAUUCUUUGUGAAAAUUGUGACAAGCUGUAAAAUUCAGGUGAGUUUCAUAUUUUAUUUGGUGGAUCUCAUUCGGAUCCACAUAAAUUUUAAGCAAUACGAAAAUAUGUUUAAAAAAGAGUGUCAAACUGUCCAUGAAUGUGUUACUGCCGCCACUUCUUGUUCAUGUACAGUUGUGUUCUGACAACAGUACAGGUCAAAUAAAAAAAGCAUGCUUUCAUGAUUU